AUGCGAGCGAACAUAAGGCCGACACGUGGCAGUGACGGCCUUCUCUCUCCGCCGGUUGAUGUGACCGAGGAGACGGCCGUAAAUGAGCUGAACGGUUGAACCACGGACGUCCGUGAUUCGACAUCAGCUGGCGUCUUCCCGAGGCCGGAAUCGGAGGGGACAGCAGUCGACGCCGUCCACUCUCCCUCCGGGAACGAGGCGACGGCAGGCGAAGAGGCCCCCUCUGAUCCAACCAUUGAUCGUAUGAUCAAUGGUCAGAAUCAGCCGGCUAUAAAGGCCUCAACAGCCGUUACCGAGGCUCCGCCCUCGGACGGUCACGGCCAUAACGGCCAACUUGAUCCAACCGUUGAUCUUGAGAUCAACGGAGGGGAUCACGUGGCCAUAAAGGCGCCGCAACCUUUUGCGAUCGCCGAUGCCUCGGCUGGGACGCUACUGACGUCAUCAACGUCAGACACCGCGGACGAUGGCUCGCCAUCACGGGCCGAGCCCCGCUCAGCUGGCACCGUACAGGCGCGGCCCGUGCGAGCCUCCGGCAAGGUGGCUAGAGCUGAUCCGGCCCAGGUAGCGCCAUCUGAGGCCGCUUUAGCCCAGGUCAUGCCGGCCCAGCCCAUCGAGGCUGCGCCGGCUCAGGACGCACCGGCCCAGGCCCAGGUGGCCCAGGCCGAGCCUGAGCAGCCAGCUCAGGCUCGGCCGGUCCAAGCUCUUGCCCAGGUAAGGGGCAACAGCCUGCGGCCCAAAAAGAAGAUAGGACGCCGACUUUUACGUCCACCCUCGACCACGUCCUCUAGGCCUACCCUAAGUCAACAGAUUGAGCCGGUUUUACCUCUACCUACAGGGGCCCUUAGGCUCUCUCAAACUGAGCCCCUCGAACCAACUAGGAUCCCAGCACUAGUUGAGACCUCUAUAUUGGCCCCAAACACAUCCCUUGGGCACACCAUAUCUACACCUAGUGGGCUAGACUCUACUGUGCCCCAUAGGCCAAACCCGACUAUGCCCACUAGACACCUAUCAUGGGCGCAACGAGUGUUUGGACCUUCUGCCCCCUCGAUAGAGACUGUCACACCACAAGAACCGCUGCAUCAGGUACUAUUCCCAUUCUAUGACACCACUGUCCCAGUGCGAAGCUAUAGUGAGGAUGAUGGGAGGAGGACAAUAGCUUUUACUUAUGAGGAGGUCUCCCAGAUGGUAACCACAUUCCAAUAUACCUUAGUUGGUCGUUUCAUUACGAAACGACCAACUAUAGGUGACAUAGAGAAGAUUUACUUGGCACUUGGAAAUUUCCAGGGCUGAGUCUCCAUCGGAGCUCGAGACUAUCGUAGCAUAUACAUCCGCUUUGAGCUAGAAGUGGAUUAUCGUCGAGCAUGGAGCCGACCCACUUGGACAAUGGGGGAGUCUACCCUCCAUACCCACAGAUGGACACCACAGACCAACAUAAGGCACCGAGCACAUCAAUCCCAUGCGGUUCCAUUAUGGGUGGGCUUCCCUGGCCUACCUGCCCAUUUAUUUACGCCAAAGGCACUUGAGUCUUUGGCAAAUGCGGUGGGAACAUUCAUAUGCCUUGACCCAGGCGUAAAAAUGUUCAACCGGCUAGGAUAUGCACGAGUUUGUAUAGAGGUGGACCUAAUGGCCCCUCUAUAGAGGACUCUCGUUAUACGUAGUGGAGAUGAUGAGCUUUAUCAGCCUAUUAUUUACGAGAGAUUACCAUAUUUCUACACACAUUGUGCUAUCUUGGGCCACACUGUCAGCACAUGUCGUCAGAAGGCAGGUACACCACAAGCAACCACACGAGCCUUUUUAGUACCGAUCUCAUAUGACGAUUAUCUCGUCGAAAUGAGAAAGGAUGCUCAGAGUGCUCGUCAUCCUCAAAGGUCGAUUGCCCCUAUGGCGGCUCCACCUUCCUUACGAAGGCACAGGAAAAGCCUAGUUCAUUGAUUGAGACACAGCAUGCACGGUGAAAGCCGGCAAUUGGACGCCCUUCUUCCAUCCACACAUGAGAGAAGAAAGGAACACGAGAGGCUACACCUUCCCCUUUAGGCAAGGGAAAGAAACCCCUAACCUCAAACACCUUCGAGGUCUUAGAGGCUUUAGAUGAGAGAGACUUUGAGGGACCUGCACAGAGGGGAACUAGGCCUUCCAAAGGGCUAGCAUCCCCCACUAUGAGGGACUCACCUAGUCAAACUCCACAUAUUAGAUCCCCUCGGGCUAUCCGACCCCCCAUACUCACCCACCCCACUCCACCCAUUAGUGUCUCUCCACAACCCAGCUCCUCCCCGCCCAUUCACUCUUCCCCACAUAGCAGGAGCCCUUCACCUCUUAGUCCCCACCGACUGAGGUCUACCCCUUUCUCUGAGGGUAUCGACUUGGGCACUACCCAUCCCCCUCAAAUCCCCGUCGAGGAUCUACUAAGAGGGCCUACCCCCAGCACACUUCCUAUUAGUACAUCUUACGUAGCCCCCCGUUCUGAUUCUUAUACCCUCCCCCCCUCUCCCCCACUACACCCGCCAGAUCAGUUCCCUAUACUUGAUCCACCACCCGCUGAUUCUAGAGAGAGCCCCAAUAGAGGACAGUGCUUGACGAAUCGUCAAGCACUGCACCCAUCCUCCUCAUCUAGUGCUCAUGAUACUAGUGGCCACAUGACUAGUACCCAUGAGGAUGGUGGAUCUGAGACUGACAUUGAGACUACCUACCUAGAUGAGGGAUAUCAGACGGAGGCUAGGACCACACGACUCACUAGACGCUCACCUUACUCCACGAGAUCUAGGACUCGUGGGGCCACUCAUUAGAUCAUGAUACCUAGCAUCAUAUGGAAUUGUCGAGGUAUAAGUAACCUCGAAACCCAAUUCUAUAUAGCUAGCCUUAUCAGACAGUAUCGACUAGGUAUAGUAGGCCUCAUUGAGCCUAUGAUAUCAUCAGAUUGUAUCCAACCUUUACUUAGGCGAUUAGGUAUGGAUUAUUUUCACUCCAACCCCACAAAUCAUAUUUGGCUCUUUUGGACUAGACCAUACUCUAUGGAGUUGCUAGUCGAGGGAUCCCAGUAUAUCACUAUGACGGUUCAAGAUCUCACCCAAGAGUUCACCUUCUCGGUCAUCUAUGCAUCACAUAGAUCCGAAGAAAGGGAAACUCUUUGGGCGGACCUAGUUCAAUACGUGAGGGACUACCCUACACUAGUUGAGUCUCCUUGGUACCUAGCAGGUGACUUCAACUGUGUUUGUAAUACUAGUGAACGUCAAGGUGAGCGGAUCCCUAGGGCCCGUAAUAUGGAGACGUUCAAUGAUUGUAUUUUUCGAUUAGCUCUUAUUGAGCCACCUACAUCAGGCGAGGUAUGGACAUAGAGCAACAAUCGAGGGGACGCUUUGAUCUAUGAGCGUAUCGAUCGCUGUUUCAUCAACAGUAUCGCCAUGGUGCGACAUCCCAUAUUAGUCACGAUAUUACCUCGUUAUAGGUCAGAUCACACCCCGAUCCUCAUACUCCCUAAACAGAGUAUAAGCACUCACAGACCUCCCUUCAGAUUUCAGAUCAUGUGGCUUCAACAUGAAGACUUUCAAAGUUUCGUACGGAAUCACUGGUACGGACAUAUCUCAGAUUCUCCUAUGGAGAACCUUAGCUAUAGGUUAAGGAAUCUCAAACUCUACCUUAAAUGGUGGAACCGACAUAUCUAUGGGAAUGUCCAUACUCAGGUUGAUGCACUGCAAAAAGAGUUAGCAGAGGUUGAAAGACUACUGCAAGCUAGAUAUUUAAAUGCUACUUGGGAAAAGAGGAGUAGAGUGAGAGACCAACUUGAUGAGGUUGUGCGAUGAUAGGAGUUAUUCUAUCUCUAAAAAUCACACAUCUAGUGGUUACAAAAGGGUGAUAGAAACACUCGUUUCUUUCAUGCAUCGGUCGCUCACCGCUCACAUUCAGAUUAUAUCUCCCUUUUAGAGACAUAUGAUCAGGACCUUUCUCGCAUGCAGGAGGCAGGGGUUGAGUACUUUCGUACUUUCUUAACCUCUCAGCCGAUCGAGAUUUCUGAUGAUAUGCUCACUUCGAUCCCAUCAUUAGUCACUCACUAUGAGAGCUCUCUCACGACGGUCAUACCCACGAGAGAAGAGAUCAAGGAAGUAGUUUUCUCUAUGAGCAGACAUUGUGCACCCAGGCCUAAUGGUUUCCCAGCUGAUUUUUAUGUUUCAUGUUGGGAUAUCGUUGGCACUGAUCUCAUCCAGGCUAUCAAGGAAAUCUUUCGUCGUAAAGUCUUUACAUGAAGUUGGAAGGCCACCUUCCUUGCACUUAUACCGAAAGUGACUACCCCAACUUCAUUUAGAGACUUUCGACUUAUCAGUUUAUGUAACGUGUGUUAUAAAGUUGUAUCUAAGAUCGUUACACGUAGAUUGAGUAGUUUCCUUGAUAGACUUAUAUCUCUAGAGCAAUGCGGAUUUGUCAAGGGACGGUACAUUCACGAUAACAUCAUGCUAGUACAUGAACUAACAUAGUCCCUUGGCCAUGACUGUCGAGGCUCCAACAUCAUCAUCAAAUUAGACAUAGAGAAGGCCUUUGAUAGGAUAGAGUAGAGUUUCCUCAUUAAGGUUCUUAGAUGCUUUGGGUUCACCAACGACUUCAUUGACUUAGUCGAUGCAUGUGUUAGAGAGAAUCACUUCUUUUUAUUGGUGAAUGGUAGCUCUACAUCAUUCUUCACGGCCACGAGACGUCUACGACAGGGCGAUCCACUAUCACCCACCCUCUUCAUUUUGGUCGAAGAAGUCCUCAGUCGAUCCCUCACUCGAGCGAUCAAUCAAGGACUUAUCCGACCAUACUACUCGAAGAGGGGUUGUCUGAUCAUCUCACACUUCCUCUUUGCUGAUGAUGCGAUACUCUUCCUCAAUGGAUGUGAGACAUCCAUUAGAGGGCUCAUGAGUAUUAUCUCGAGGUAUGAGCGAGUUGCAGGUCAACUCGUAAAUGUCUCGAAGAGUAGCUUCAUGGUAGGCCCUUCUACCCCCAUAGGGACCAUACGACGCAUCCAGGGCCUAACAGGGUUCUCUCAUGGACACUUACCUUUUGAAUAUCUAGGAUGUCUUAUUUUCCUCGGCCGUAGGUGCAUACACUAUUUUGACGCCCUAGUGGGUAAGUUGAGGAAGAAAUUAGCGGGAUGGAAGUUACAACUUCUAUCCCCUGGAGGACGGAUUCAGUUGAUACAUCAUGUCCUCAUGAGCAUGCCAUUACACCUUUUGGCAGUCCAUGAGGUACCAGACACCGUCUUACAGACUAUUAGACGAAUAUGCACGUCCUUCCUUUGGGAUGGACAACUUGAGGGACCUCGUCGCCAACGUCGAGUUUCUUGGGAGAAAGCAUGUCGACCUACGGAUGAGGAUGGCCUAGGUAUUCGGCGCCCUCAAGAUGUACUCAACAUGCUUCAAAAGAAACUCGUUUGGAGGAUGAGGACCACACCAUCGGUGCUAGGCUCUUUUGUGUCAACCAAAUAUGGUGAGUGGGCUCGACAGCCAACUGACAUCAAAGGAGUCAAACGAUGGGCAGACUGGCAGCGACAUUGGUUAGAGAUGAUGCCCCUUAUUCGUUGGCGAGUAGGGCGAGGCGCGAUCAGUGCCUGGUACGACACUUGGUUAGAGGACACACCAUUGGCCAAUUUUACCACUUUCACAUCCUCUUGGCCUCGCUUGACGGUAGCCCAACUUCUCCAAGGAGACACUCAUCUACUUAUUGAGAGGCAUGGACUACCGUCGGACUUGUUACCAGCCAUCACCAUGACUGAGACGAGUUUUACAGAGGACCAACCCAUCUGGACACUUACCGUAGAUGGUAGUUUCUCUUGUAGCUCCUCUUGGGAGCACUUUAGAAACCGCUCCCCAAAGACAUUUUGGGGAAAUCUCAUAUGGCAUCCAGCCAUCACACCUCGUGUUUCGUUCUUCCUGUGAAAGUUCAUGCACCGAGGACUACCCACCGACGAUCGAGUGAUUCUCACCGAUCAAGAGGUGGAAAGGAGAUGUCAUUGUUGCUCCAUCACGACGGACGAAAGCAUGGAACAUCUAUUUUUCUAUAGUGAUAUCGCUGUCGAGUGUUGGCGUCAACUUCUAGCAAAUUGGCUUCCAAUGCUCUCGUACAGACCUACGAGACCACCACUAUAGGUCUUUAGGAGAGUCAUUGACUCACCGACGAGUGUCAAGCUUAGUCCCUUUAUCCGUAUCUCCAUAGCAUAUAUGUUAUGGGAAAUAUGGAAGGGACGUAACUCAUCUCGAUUUACAGGCCAAGUGAUGCGUGUCACAAAGAUUAUGAGGCACAUAACACAAUGGCUUCGAAGUACUCAUUCCUUAGUGCCAAACAAAACGAAACGCUCACGUUCUAUUUGUGAAGCAUUUGGGCUUUGGGGACUCCAUAUCAUACCUACACAAACUUGGACUACUAUCUGAUCUGUUAGAUGGACACCACCGAGGGUUGGGCAGUGGAAACUCAACGUCGAUGGAGUAUCUCAAGGUAACCCUGGACCAUCUGGAGUAAGAGGUAUUUUACGUGAUAGUACAAGAUGCAUUCUCUUUGUCUUUUCGAACUUUUAUAAUAUACGAACUAAUACUGAGGCAGAGGCUAUAGUAAUACGGGAUGGUUUGCUUCUUUGUGAGGAGCAAAACAUUACUAAUAUUGUCUUAGAAUCUGAUUCCGAAGUGUUAGUGGACAUGUUACGUGCAGACUCUUGUCCUCAUUGGAGGCUCAAGAAUAUCUGGGUAGACAUCAUGCGAUGCCGAGGACGCAUCACAACCAUUACGCAUCAGUUCCGAGAAGGGAAUCAGACAGCCGACGCCCUUGCUACGCAUGGAGUCAGAUCGCGUCGGAAGACAGUCUUCUUUUUUUGGCAAGACAUGCCCAUCGCAGCCCGAGGUGCUCAUAGACUUGAGCGACUCGGCAUACCCUCUUUACGCAUACACCGCACUCCACUACCGGCCCCUCCACGGUAGUGGCAUAUUGCUUGGAGGAGAUCAAAGGUGGUUACUAUUGGCCGCUGAAGACCACAAUGGAGAUACAGGUACGUGUUUCCUUUGUUUCUAUUUUCAGGUCUAUCACAAGCCACAACCAUGACAUCAUCAUGGUGCUCAUCUUAUACCACCGAUGUGGAAUGCACUUUGCCUAUCAACACAAGACAGACAACAAGGCAUAUCGUAAUCCACUCGGGUACACUACUUCCAAUCAUUACUCUCUUUAUAAUCACCUCACAUCUAUUAUCUAUCACCCCCAAGUAGUGAGGACAUAGAACUAUCAGCACAUGUUGGCAUCUGCCCACUUUUGAACUAUAGGUCUAUAGCACAUCAGACCUGCCAAACUAGUUGUGAAUCGUCAACCUAGCACCUCUCUCAAGAUCUCAUUAGUACCAUCAGUCAGCUUGAACCUAUGAGAAGAAAAGGAUCUAUAUCCAUAGGAUUGACCCUCUCUCUUCUCUCUCUCUCUUGAUUCCCUAUUUCUUUCUCCCUCCCUUUUUCUCUUUUUCUUAAAAAAAAGACAGCCUCCUUCUUUUCCCAAAAUCACUAGCCCAUCAUAGACAAUUAGUGGAGGGUGAGGAAAAGGGCCCUCAAAAAAGCGAGCAACCUAUUUCCUUUCCCCCAAUCACUACACUCCAAAGGGAAUUACCCUUGUACACCAAAUAAUGGGCAUUAGUGGAGGGUAAAAGAAGAGGCCCUCAAAAAAAAAAAAAAAAAAAAAAGAGAAAGAAGAGAGAGAGAAUAAGAGAAAAGAAAAAGAGUUAGAAAAAGAGACCAAGUCAUUCCUCGUGGGGUGAAAAGUUUCCUUACCUACUUAGAGGAAGUAUGGCAACUGAUGGUACUAACAAGAUCUUGGCUAGAGGGAUUAGACGCGUGAAACACUAGGAAGGCAAAUUCAUAUUUGGGCUUAUUGUCAUACUCUAGCAUAGUUCUAUACUCCUCACUGUCUUAACAACUCUUUUCUCACCACUUUCUAUCAUUUUAUUUCUUUCUUAGAACUACUUAUUGCAGCAAAUUCUUGUCUUGCAGCAACAUCUCAUGGUGCACAACAUGGAGGUUUACACGUCCUACUACUGUCAACCAGAUAUUCUAACUUCAUGAACUCAAAAGCUCUUUCAGCCCAAAUGCAGAUCAACUGAUUUCUUCAAAUAUGAUGAGCGAACUGGAAUCUAUCUCUAGUAUUAUCACAUCCCCUCUAAAAAAAGAGGUCUUUCACCCUCCAUGUCAUCCUCGCCCCUUGUGCGAAUGAGAUCCCGCUUAUGUAACCUCAGAAUGAGGUCAAACUUUUAUCACUCAAUCAAAUUUCUUCAAAAAAAAAAAAAACCCUAAACCCUAAACCCUCAAAGAACGUGCCGAGAGGUACCCUUGCCACCAUGCUGAAAGGUAUAUGUGGCAUCUAUCUCGCCAUGCCAAGACGCUCCUAGCUCCGAAGAAUGUGUUGAGAGGCACCUCUGCCACGAUGUCGAGAGGCGCAAGUGGCAUCUAUCUCCAAAGAAUGUGACUAAGAGGCACCAAAGUGCUUGAGCGUGUGAAGUAUUAGGAUGGGUGACCUCAUGAGAAGUUCGGCCCAAGACAGUUAUAAAAAAAAAACCAAAAAAAAAAAAAAAAACCCUAAACCCAACCCCCCUUAGUGGGAGAGUUGCCACCGGAUCCCAUAAGAACUCCGGAGUUAAGCGUGCUCUCGAGUGGGAGCAGUCCCCGAAUGGGUGACCUUCCUAGGAAGUCCCCGGGUUUGUGUGCAUACGUUGCAAGACACUUGCUGUGCAUGUGCUGAAAGGCACCGCUGCAUGAUCGUGCUGCCCAACAUGUGUUAUGAACCCCUCCGUCACUAUGCCAAGAUAUCUUAAGCAUCGAAGAACGUGCCAAGAGGCACCCCUGCCACCGUGGCGAGAGGCAUAUAUGUGGCAUCCAUCUCACCAUGCCAAGAUGCCCCCAGCUCCAAAGAAUGUGCCUGAGAGGCACCAAAGUGCUUAGGCGUGUCAAGUAUCAAAAUGGGUGACCUCAUGAGAAGUUCAGCCCAAGACAGUUAUCAAAAAAAAAAAAACCCUAAACCCUAAACCCAAAAAAAAAAAAAAAACCCUAAACUCUAAUAACCUCCCUUAGUGGGAGAGUUGCCACCGGAUCUCAUAAGAACUUUGGAGUUAAGUGUGCUCGGGUGGGAGCAGUCCCCGAAUGAGUGACCUCUCUGGUAAGUCCCCGGGUAUGUGUGCAUGCGUUGCGAGACGCUUGCUGUGCAUGUGCUGAAAGGCACCCUUGCCACGAUGUUGCCACCGGAUCCAAAGAAUGUGACUAAGAGGCACCAAAGUGCUUGAGCGUGUGAAGUAUCAGGAUGGGUGACCUCAUGAGAAGUUCGGCCCAAGACAGUUAUAAAAAAAAAACCAAAAAAAAAAAAAAAACCCUAAACCCUAAACCCAACCCCCCUUAGUGGGAGAGUUGCCACCGGAUCCCAUAAGAACUCUGGAGUUAAGUGUGCUCGGGUGGGAGCAGUCCCCAGAUGGGUGACCUCCCUGGGAAGUCCCCGGGUUUGUGUGCAUACGUUGUGAGACGCUUGCUGUGCAUGUGUUGUCUGAGAGGCACCAAAGUGCUUCAGUGUGUGAAGUAUCAGAAUGGGUGACCUCAUGAGAAGUUCAGCCCAAGACAGUUAUCAAAAAAAAAAAAAACCCUAAACCCUAAACCAAAAAAAAAAAAAAACACAUGUUAUGAACCCUUCUGUCACCAUGCCAAGAUGCCUUAAGUAUCGAAGAAUGUGUUGAGAGGCAUAUAUGUGGCAUCCAUCUCACCAUGCCAAGAUGCCCCCAGCUCCAAAGAAUGUGUUUGAGAGGCAUCAAAGUGUUUGGGCAUGUGAAGUAUCAGAAUGGACGACCUCCUGAGAAGUUUGGCCCAAGACAAUUAUAAAAAAAAAACCAAAAAAAAAAAAAACCCUAAACCUUGAACCCAACCCCUCUUAAUGGGAGAGUUGCCACCGGAUCUCAUAAGAACUUUGGAGUUAAGCGUGCUCUGGGAGUAGUCCCCGGAUGGGUGACCUCCUUGAAAAGUCCUUAGGUUUGUGUGUAUAUAUGGGUCACAAUGCCAAGAGGUUGAGAAGCAUCAAAGUGUUUGGGCGUGUGAAGUAUGAGUGACCUCUUGAGAAGUAUCAGGAUGGGUGACCUAUUGAGAAGUUCGGCCUAAGAUGGUUAUCAAGAAAAAAAAAAAAAAAAAACCCUAAAUGGUGAGAGGCACCAAAGAACUUUUUUCUCUCUCCUCACGAUCAGCGCAAAUGGUGAGAUCUCCUUCGUGUGACCUCAGAUCGCGCUGAAACCUUUUCCAUUCGAUUCGGAAGGCCGACAGCUAUCGGUUUCAAGCUAUUACGCAUCGAAAACGCUGGAUUAAAGCCUUUGUUUCGCAAUUUCCUCAUCGCGAAGGUACACUUCCAGAGUUUUCACUCCAAAGGUAAUAUCUUUCUAUUGACUGGGUGAAAUUUAAUUAUUUUUAGUUCAAUAGAAUCGUAUUUGCCUCGUUUACCAUUUUCUCUUCUAUAUCAUUUUUAUUUGAUGCUUAGCUGAUAAGUAGCUCACAGAUUCCAUCGGGUGACCUCCGUCGCCCAGAUGAAAACUCGCCCGACGAAUGCGAGCGAACAUAAGGCCGACACGUGGCAGUAACGGCCUCCUGUCCUCGCCUUCUCUCUCCGCCGGUUGAUGUGACCGAGAAGACGGCCGUAAAUGAGCUGCAACGGUUGAACCACGGACGUCCGUGAUUCGACAUCAGCUGGCGUCUUCCCGAGGCCGGAAUCGGGGACAGCAGUCGACGCCGUCCACUCUCCCUCCGGGAACGAGGCGACGGCAGGCGAAGAGGCCCCCUCUGAUCCAACCAUUGAUCGUAUGAUCAAUGGUCAGAAUCAGCCGGCUAUAAAGGCCUCAACAGCCGUUACCGAGGCUCCGCCCUCGGACGGUCACGGCCAUAACGGCCAACUUGAUCCAACCGUUGAUCUUGAGAUCAACGGAGGGGAUCACGUGGCCAUAA